AUGACAUUAAUCAGGCAUCAAGGGGAAUUAGUAAAAACUAUUGUUCAAACAGUGUCGUUGAACCUGAAGAAAAAAUGCGUGUUUACAAGUGACUACUUAGUUAUGAUGGAUGAUCAUCUGAAUGAAAUGAUGAGAUUAUUAAAUGUUGGUUCAAAUGAUGUAAGGAUUGUUGGUAUCCUUGGGAUGGGUGGUAUUGGCAAGACAACUAUUGCCAAGUCCAUCUACAACAACCUCCUCCAAGACUUUAAAAAUUGUUGUAGCUUCCUUGCAGAUGUUCGGGAAAAUGUCAAACAAUACAAAGAUAAAGGUAUUGUUGAUUUGCAGAAUCAGCUUCUCAAUGACACUCUUAAACCGCACCCUCCCAUUACUAAUGUUAAUGGUGGAAUCAACGCUAUCAAAUGUCGAUUUCUCAAAAAGAAAGUUUUCAUUGUUCUGGACGAUGUGGAUGAAAAGUCUCAAUUUGAUUGGCUUGUGGGAAAUCGUCAUUGGUUUGGUCCGGGAACUAGGAUCAUAGUUACAACUAGAAACAAGCAUGUUUUAAAUAUUCUUGAAGUGGAUGAGACUUAUGAACCUCCAUUUAUGAACCCAGACCAAUCUCUUCAACUUCUCAGCAUUCAUGCUUUUCGGAAAAAGUUUCCUCCAAUGGACUUUGAUAGUAUCUCUAGAGAGGUGGUAUCAGUUACUGCAGGGCUUCCUCUAGCUCUUGAGGUUAUAGGUUCAUUUCUAUCUGACAAGCCAAAAACAGUAUGGGAAGAUACAUCGAAGAAGUUGAAGAAAAUACCAAAUCAUAAAGUUCAGGAAAAAUUGAGAGUAAGUUAUGAUGUAUUAACCCAUGAGCAAAAACAGAUAUUUCUUGAUAUUGCAUGUCUUUUUAUUGGGAUGGAUAAAACAUAUCCAUUUUACAUGUGGGAUGACUGCAGUUAUUUUCCGGAGACAGAAAUUAAUGUCCUUUGUCUCAUGUCUCUAGUAAAACUUGAAAAUGAUAAUGUAUUGAGAAUGCAUGAUCAACUAAGAGAUCUUGGUAGGGAAAUUGUCCGUCAAGAAGAUUUUGAAAAUCCGGAAUUGCGCAGCAGGUUGUGGGAUCUACAAGAAGCCUCGGCUGUAUUUGAGGAAUGCAUGGUAACUGAAAAGGUCCAACUCUUAAAUCUUGAUGCUACUGGAAAGACGUGUGAGCAUGACCAAUUCGCGGAACGAUCUAAACUGCGGUAUCUCCAAAUAAAUGAAGCUGAAGUUGUUGUUGGGGAUUUCAAGCAUCGCUUGUUAAACUUAAGAUGGCUUUGUUGGCAAAAUUCCCCUCUGCAUUUUGAAGCAACCAAUUUUCAUAUGAAGAAACUAGUGAUACUUGAUCUAAGCGGUAGUAGGAUCCCAGAGAACUGGAAGGGUUGGAGUCAAAUUAAGAUGGCAAGUAACUUAAAAGUGCUUGACAUUUCAUACACUGAAAUACGGGAGCUACCUGAUGAAAUUAGGAUGUUAAAGAAGCUGAAAAUUAUAGAUGCACGUCAUUCUUAUUUGACAGGAAUUCGAAGCCUACCAACAAGCAUUCAUACCCUUGACUUAGAAUGCGAUGAUCUGGAAGCCCUGCCAGAGCUUCCCUCAAGUUUACAAGUUCUGCGUGUAGAGUUGGGGAGUUUUCAUGUUACCCCUAAUCUUGCAAAUCUGGUUAAUCUGCAAGUCUUGUGGUGUUUUCAGAUUCCUGACAACAUGAAUCCGAUAAUUUUCAGUGAUAUUGUCGAAUUAUCCAAAUUGCAGAGGUUGGACUUUGGACAUAGCAACAUUAUGACCCUACCGAAAGAGAUUGAUGCCCUUUCUCAGCUCAAAUUCCUCAAUCUACAAUCAUGCUGUAAACUUCAAUGCAUACUGGGUUUACCUCCCAAUCUGGUUCGAUUAUAUAUUGUUUAUGGUCCGUCAUUGGAAAUAUUACCAGAUCUGUCAAAUUUGAAGCUCUUGUCGGAAUUGCAACUUCAUGAGUGCCAGGAGCUGACAAAGAUUCAAGGGCUUGGGAAACUACAAUCAUUGACGAGCUUGAGAAUAGAAAAAUGCAUUAAACUGACACAGAUUGAAGGACUUGGAAAUCUAGAAUUGCUGGAAAGUUUGAGAAUAUAUGAGUGUGAUAAGCUGACAGAGAUUCAAGGACUUGGAAAUCUAGUAUCGCUGGCAAGUUUUUGUAUGCGUCGGUGCUUUAAAAUAGUUGAACUUGAUCUGCUUGAAUGUUCGGCACCUCUAGCAUCUUCAGAGAUGAGUGGGUACAGACACCCUGAAAAUAAACCAGAUCGGUCCAACUUAAACAAGUUAAAAAGAUUUGAAGUUGUUGAAUGCUGGAAUCUCAAUAAGAUCGAAGGACUACAUUUAUUGGUAUCAUUGGAAUGUUUGGAUUUGUCGGGUUGCUCAAAUUUAUCAAACUUGAAAAUGUUGCACCCUGAAAAUGAACUAGAUCAGUCCAACUUAAACAAGUUAAAAAAAUUUGAAGUUAUUAGUUGCAAGAAUCUCAAUAAGAUCGAAGGACUACAUAUAUUGGUAUCAUUGGAAUAUUUGAAUCUGUCGUAUUGCUCAUCCAUGGUAAGAAUGCCGAAUCUAUCAAACUUGAAAAUGUUGAGACACUUGCUGCUCAGUGAAUGCACGAGCUUACGUGAGAUUGAGGGCCUUGAGGCUUUGGAAGCCUUGGAGGAACUGGACAUCAGGUGGUGCUCAUCGCUGGAAAAAGUUCCGCAUCUGCCAAAAACACAUAUUAUUUCUGAUGAUUAUGAUGAAGAUUUCCAUUGA